GCGGCGACUUGAGCAGGCGAAGCAGAGAGAUCCGCCGCUGCACAGCUUCCACUCGCGAGAUCCAGGGAUAGCCCCUCCGCUCCCCGAUCGACCCCGAACGCCGGACCUGCGGCCCACCACCUCGGAGCGGAGAGCGGCCCUCAAAUUCUACCCAUGUCCGACCAAGAAGCAGCGCCGGCGGCAUCAGCGGCCGCCCCGUCCGAAGCCCAACCGGCCUCGGCAGCAGAAUCUGCACCUGCUCCCGAACCGGAGGGCGCACCGCCAGCCCCAGCCCCAGCCCCUCAGCCCGCUGCCCCGGCGCCAGCUCCACCCGCUCCCGAGCCAAAGAAGCCCAAAGGAGCAUCACCUGGUCAGCCGAUGAAUCUGGCAGUGGAUGAUGUGAAUGACACCUCUGUGACUCUGACGUGGGAUGCACCAGAACAAGUGGGACCCAAGGGCCUGGAUGGAUACGUGGUGGAAUACUGCAAAGACGGAACUACAGACUGGGUGGCUGCUAACAAUAAGCCUUUCCUUUCUACCCGCUAUGUAAUCCGCAACUUAACGUCUGGAGACAAGCUUCACAUUCGUGUAAAAGCAGUCAAGGAUGAUGGAAUUAGCGAACCAGCUGCCCUAGACCAGCCACUCCUUAUCAGAGAGAUUCUUGAGCACCCCAAGAUCCGACUGCCACGCUACUUAAGGGAAAUAUAUAUGAAGACUGUGGGACAGGCAGUGAACCUGCUGAUUCCUUUUCGGGGAAAGCCAAAGCCACAGGUGACCUGGACCAAAGAAGGGAAGCCCCUGGAUCCCAAGAGAGUGAAUGUGCGUAAUUCGGAAAAGGAUUCCAUCUUCUUCAUCCGCCAAGCACAACGUAGUGAUUCUGGGAAAUAUGAAAUAACUGUUAAAAUCUUAGAUGAGCUAGAAGACAAGGCCACUAUUGAUCUCCGUGUGAUUGAGAGACCCAGCCCUCCUGAGAACCUGAAGCUGGUGGAUGUGUGGGGCUUUAAUGUGGCACUGGAGUGGAGCCCACCCAAAGAUAAUGGCAAUGCUGAUCUCAAAGGUUACACAGUCCAAAAGGCAGAUAUGAAGACUAAGCAAUGGUUCACGGUCCUGGAACACUAUAACCGUACCAGCUGCACUGUGUCUGAUCUCAUCAUGGGCAACAGCUACUCCUUCCGGGUCUUCUCAGAGAACCCCAGUGGCCUCAGUGAGAACGCUGCUACCACCAAGGAUGUAGCACACAUCAAAAAAACAGCAAUCAUAUACAAGCCUGAGAAGUUCAACACCUGGGAUUUCUCUGAGCCUCCAAAAUUCACCCAUCCUCUGACAGACAGAACUACCACCCGGGGCUACAGUACUCAGCUUGUCUGCUCUGUCCGGGGCUUCCCUAAACCCAAAGUGAUCUGGAUGAAAAAUCAAAUGGAGAUUCGAGAAGACCCUAAAUAUGUAGCUCUCAUGAACCAAGGUGUUUGCUCUCUGGAAAUCCGCAAGCCCAGCCCUUUUGAUGGCGGUGUCUAUACCUGCAAAGCUGUGAACCUCUUUGGGGAAGCCUCUGUAGACUGCAAGCUGAAUGUCAAAGUCCCAGAAUGAAGAUGAUGCAAAGAGACUUAUGAAGAACAAGGUGAGCUUGAGUGCUUCCUGUUCAAGGCCAGCAAGACCCCUUACAUAAAACUCCUUUUUGGUCUCCCUACUGUGGAGACCUGUUGCCUUAUUUGCACACCUGACUCUGUGGUUCCUGCAAUUUGGAAGUGAUGCUGCCGCCACUGUGUGUCUUCAAAACAGAAGCUUUGCAGAGGCCAGAACUUGAUCUUGGAUUCAUUAUACAAAGAGAACUGACCAUGACCCCACAUGACAUGUCUGCCAUGUACACCUCUCUGGUCUUUGGCCUGGCAGUACAGCCACUACCAGUCAUGAAUAAAUUAGCCAUGAUAAUAAAAUAAUUCAUGUGGUGAACCUGGAAGGCCCUUUUAAGAAGUCACUGCUCAGUGAUGCCCUCUAGAGCUGAGUGCUUCCCUAUACUGGAUCAUCUGCUUGUCGAGAAACUAUGGCCUCCCCCAAUACUUGAGUGUCAACCCCACAAGUCAACUUCAGAGGGAUAGAGCAGAAAUCACCCAGAAUUACCCUCUCCUAGAAGGUGGGAGGAGUGGAACCAUUGCAAGCAAACAAAACUUCCAGAAAGAUUUAUGGACCAAGAGUGACAAAGGCUACUGAGAGGUCUAACAAAGAAUGUCACCUUCCCCCAUCAAUCUCUAGAUGCAGAGUUAUGGAAGUUUGGCAGAGAGUUACACACAGAAGAAAAUGCAGAUCCAAUGGAUAAGCUUUUCGAAAGAUUGCACAUAUA